AUGGAUCGGUGGAAGGGUUGCGUGGCUGUGGUGACGGGAGCGAGUUCGGGCAUCGGGCGAAAACUGGUCGAUAAAUUAUUGGCCCACGGGAUGAAGGUCGCGGGUCUGGCGCGUAGGUGCGAGAAGCCGGUGGAAGAAGCAGUGGGCGAAGGCUCGUUUCAUCCGAUCCCGUGCGACCUGCGGAACGAGGGGGAUAUCGUGGCCGCGUUCAAGGCCAUCGAAACUAACAUCGGACCCGUCAGCGUCCUCGUCAACAAUGCCGGCCUCCUGUACAACGAGCCCAUCAUCGACGGCCAGACGGACACCUUCCGCAGUCUCCUGGACGUGAACGUCCUGGCGGUGGCCAUCUGCACGAGGGAGGCGAGCCAAUCGAUGCGCCGGCACAGGCUCGCCGGCCACAUAGUCAACGUGAACAGUAUGGCCGGCCACGACGCCGCAAGGAUCAAAAGCACCGUGAGCCUGUACUGCGCUUCCAAGUACGCCGUGGCCGGAGUCACCGAAUCCUUGCGCAACGAGCUCUUCAACUCCCAGCCCAGCAUCAAAGUAUCGAGCAUCAGCCCCGGGACCGUGAGGACCGACAUGGUGCGCGUUGCCUUCGACAUGCCCAGGGACUACUUCGAGAGCGCCCCGUACCUCGAGCCCGAGGACGUCGCCGAUGCCAUUGUUUACAUCCUCGGGGCCCCGCCCCACGUCCAGGUGAGCGAUCCUCUGGCAUCUUUUGGGGCAAAUAAGACGAUAUCUGCGCGGGUCGCGAUGGUGAACGAGCUCAUUCUCAAACACGUGAGGGAGCCAUAA